UACUCAAAGUUAUUACGAUGUCACCAAGUUUUAAUUUUAAAAAUUAAAAACCUUAGCUGAUCAGAGCUCCGGCGACAAAGACAUAUUAGAGACCCCAAAAUCAUCUAUUUGUACCCCCUAAAUUAAGCUCCUGUUCUUAUCCACUUCACAACUGAUUAAGUAAUAUUUAUUGCAGCUAUUCGAUUUUUUCACGAGUUUAUUUUCCACAAUCCCGUUACUGGUUUCUGGAAAUUGUGUGUAGAUAAACUAGGGUUGAAAACAGUGAAGAUGACGAGAAAAACGAGUUGCUGUGGUAUUUGUGAGAAUUCAAAUCUUCCUUCCAUUUGUCCUGUUUGCGUCAAUUACAGAUUGAAUGAGUACAGCACUGUGUUAAAAUCACUGAAGGGCAGGAGGGAUGCACUCUAUGGGCGAUUAAGUGAAGUACUCUUGGCUAAGGGUAAGGCCGAUGAUCAACUUAGUUGGAGGGUGCUUCAGAAUGAAAAAUUGGCAAGAUUAAAGGAAAAGCUUCGACAACAGAAAGAGCAAGUUUCACAAGGGAAGGCGAAAAUCGAGAAGAUGUCUCAUGAUCUGAAAGUUCAGUAUGAGUUGCUAGGGUCAGCAACGAGCAUGUUGGAAAAAAAUCGUGCGGAACAACUUGAGAAGUUUUAUCCUAAUCUCAUCUGCACUCAAAAUCUUGGGCAUAUGGCAAUUACCUCUGAGCUUCUUCAUAAACAAUCUGUGGUUGUAAAGCAGAUAUGCAAGUUAUUCCCUCAACGUCGUGUGAUAGUUGACGGAGAAAAAAAAGACACAUCUAGUGGCCAAUAUGAUAGCAUCUGUAAUGCAAGGUUGCCAAGAGGACUUGAUCCUCAUUCAGUUCCAUCUAAUGAGCUGGGUGCUUCUUUAGGAUAUAUGGUGCAACUUUUGAACCUUGUUGUGCGUUGCGUAUGUGCUCCUGCACUUCAUAAUUCAGGAUUUGCGGGUUCAUGUUCUCGAAUAUGGCAACGAGAUUCUUACUGGGAUGCCCGGCCGUCGUCUAGAAGUGGCGAGUACCCACUUUUUAUUCCACGCCAAAACUUUUGCUCGUCAGGUGGGGAAGCUUCAUGGUACGACAGAAGUUGCAGUAAUUCUGGAAGUUCAAGUGACUUUGGAGUUACCUCAAUGGAAUCUGAUAGAAAACCUCGGUUGGAUUCUUCUAGUAGUAGUAGUUUCAACUAUGCUUCUGCUUCCCUGCACUCAAUAGAAUCACACAAGGAUCUGCAGAAAGGCAUAGCACUUCUCAAGAAAAGUGUUGCCUGCAUUACUGCAUACUGUUACAACACUUUAUGUUUAGAAGUUCCUGCCGAAGCCUCUACUUUCGAAACAUUUGCAAGAUUGUUGGCUACACUUUCUUCUUCAAAGGAAGUUCGAUCUGUGUUUUCUUUGAAAAUGUCUGGUUCAAGGGCAUCCAAGCAAGUCCAACAACUGAACAAAUCUGUUUGGAAUGUAGAUUCAGCCGGGUCAUCUAGCACUUUGAUGGAGAGUGGACAUGUGCCAGUAUUGAGAAAUACAUUUGACAAUGCUCUUCCAAGUUCUACUGCUAGUUUGAUUUAUGCCACUGAAGUAUCUGAUGUAGGAAGGAAUGAAAAUUUAAUUGAAGGUUGGGAUCUUAUUGAGCACCCUCCUUUUCCUCCUCCUCCAUCACAAACUGAAGAUGUUGAACAUUGGACACGAGCCAUGUUUAUUGAUGCAACAAAGAAAUGAGCCACUUCUUGGAUGGCUACGUCAUUGUAAUUAUAGCCAUUGCUCAUGAAGACAUCCAAGGAUGGAGGGAUGCUUCCGAGCUACAUCAAUCUCUCGGAUGAAAAAGCUUGUAAAGUUGUCAAACUAAGUUAAACAUUCACAAAUUGUAAAUAGCGUCAACGUGGUUUUAGCUUUGUUUAUGGAAACCACAGUAUCUUUAUUUUACUCUUACCAUAUUCUCAUACAGCUUUAAAAAGAGUGACGGUUUUGCAUGCAAGCAAACACCCAUGAUUAGAAGAUGAAUAUGCAGGUGAUAUCCUUUUCUAUUUAGCUCUCACCAACCUUCCCCGCCCGGGGGGCGCAAAAUCUGUUUGUCAUCAGGUAUUAAAAACCUGAUUCUCUAAGGAGCUCUUCUAUGGCUGGUAGCUGGAGAUUUCUGAGACAAGCUAAAACCUCACAACUGAACUGAACCGCUCUGCACUUUCUAAGGCAUUGUUGGUAGCAAAAGUAAAGGCCCAUGAUAUAUUCAUGGGGGGCGUGGGUGGGAGGAGAAGAUGAAUUUAAUUACUAGUCUUAACCAUGUUAAAUGAAAUAAGACAGUACCUUAAGCAGGGGUAAAAAAUGUAGCUUUCUUAUCCAAGAUGUUUGUGAUAUACUUGAACAUUUUUAAUGUUACCGUUUAGUUGAAAAAUAUAUAUGGAAGGAUUUCGUCAAUG